GGAGGGGGAAGACGGCCGGCGAGCGAAAGAGAAAGGCAUCCUCCUCGCCCCCAGCGCCGCCGCCGUAUCGGACGGACAUGUUGGUGCGCACGCAGUGCAGCAGCAGCAGCCUGCGGGAGGCUAAGCUUUUUUUCGCAGCUUCGGCGCGAACAGAAACGAUGCUCUCGGCGCGCAGUCGCAUCGCCAGUAGUUCACGAUGAUCCGCAGUCGGUCGACGGUGCGAGGAAAGCGUCCCAGGCUAAAGGGAGCGGCAGUCCUCGUUGACCCCGAGACGGUGUGAAAAACAAUGCAAGUACGGCUGCCAGCGGGAGGCGUCGCAUUCUACGUCUGCCUCUCGCUGCUAGCAUGCGCCGCGCGCGCCGAUGCUGCCUCGGGUGACAGUGCCGUCGGCCAAGAUGGCGCCGCGCUCGACUGUCCUGAAAUGUGCCAGUGUAGCGGCAGCUCAAGCGACACUUCUGGGGCGCAACGUGUCCUCUGCGUGGGACAGCUGCGCAGUGCCGUGCCGAAUGACCUCCCACCUCAAGUCGCCUCGCUCGAUCUUUCACGGAACAAGAUCAGAAGCAUCAACUCGAGUGAGCUGACCAGUUCCGCAAGUUACCUGAGACACCUCAAUCUGUGCCAGAAUCUUAUAAAAGAAUUAAGUGUUGAUAGCCUUCAAACUCUAGUCUCUCUCCAAGAGCUGGAUGUAAGUGAAAAUGUAAUUUAUGCCAUCCAUGUAAAUAGUUUUGAUGCACUCGAAGCUCUUACUGUGUUAAACCUUUCUGGAAACCAACUGGACCAACUGAAACACGAAUGGUUCCAAGGCCUGUCCAACUUGACUGUGCUUGAUUUGUCGCACAACAAGAUCCAGGCACUGAACAACGUAGUGUUCUGGUCGCUUCACCAUCUGGUGAACUUGCGUCUGGAUUACAACAGCAUCACUUCUGUGGGGCUCUUGAGCAUGAAGGGUCUCGACUCUCUCAGGUACCUCAAUGUAAGCCACAAUCGCAUCACAACUAUACAAACAGGUACAUUACGACCAGCUCCAAAUCUUCAAGUAUUGGACAUCAGUUACAACCCAAUGACAAGCCUUCACGAACCGUUUAAGCAUGGUCAUCAUAUUCGGAAACUGCAUGCAACUCACCUCUACAAGCUCUCGCACUUGUCACAGGCUGUGUUUACAGAUUUGGACAGUGUGGAAGAAGUGCUCAUGACCAACUGCUCUGCACUAGAGACUGUACAGAGUGGUGCUCUUUGGCCACUCAAGGCUCUUCGCAAGCUGGACUUGCGUUUCAACAAUUUUACGACUCUCCCAUCUGGAUUGUUUGACCCACUGGUGCAAGUGGAACGAAUUCGUCUCAAUGGGAAUCCGUGGUUUUGCGACUGUCGCCUGUAUUGGCUCCUACUGUGGCUACGUGACAAUGUGCAGGCUCACAUCUUGUCACCAUCAAACACCCUCUGUGCCAAGCCAUCAAACCUUACUGACGUCACAGUGCUGGAUGCUGUGGACAAACACAUGCUCUGCCGCAAUGCCACUGUGGUAGAGCACACCACAGAAGCGCAUUUCAGGUUAUUUACAUCGGCGGUGCUCUCAUGUCGUGUAGAUGGAAGCCCUGCCCCAUCAAUAACCUGGACCACACCGCACAAGUACCGCUUCAACUGGACGGCGGAAUAUGGUGCAUCCGUUGGAAAUUCGUCUCUUAAUGGACGCGUGAAUAUGGGUGACUGUCCGAAGUUUGUGCUCCUUCCAAAUGGGGACUUGUUCGUGCGUGAGGUCCAACGCGGUGACAGUGGCCAUUAUCGGUGUACGGCCACCAAUGUGCUGGGCCAUCAGACCGUGGCCAUAAGGCUUACACUUGACUACGACUUCCUGGUGAAUGUCAAAAUAGUGAGUGUGCUUGUGGGGUGCGCAACAGCAUUUGGUUUCCUGCUGAUCACGAUGAUCAUCAUGCUAAUUAGUGCCAUAUUAAGGAGGUUUGGGUUGGAGUGUCCAUGCUGCAUGAUGGGGGAGUCUCCCCGUGCAAGACAGCUUUAUCGCAUGCUUGAGAGUCUUGAGCAAUACCGAUGCCAGCAGUUGGAGCGGCUUCGGGAUAACUACGCCUGUCAAGUGCAGAGAAUCAAGGACAACUGUACGCAGCAGAUGGAGAAGAUCAGGGAAAGUUACUCCGGCCAGACAGAUCGACUGAGGGACUUCUGUGACUACGGUACUGCACAAAUCACAAACAUGAGGGAUAACUACUACUCGCAGGUACAGAGGGUUCGGGACUACGGUGUUGGCCAAAUCGACAGGCUUCGAGAAAACUACGUGUUUCAGCGCAACAGGAUUCGAAAGUUCAGUGCCCAUCACUUGUACAAGUUGCGUGAAAACUACAAACUGCAGCAGCAACACCUCAACAAGAUACUGGAGAACCUCAACCUCGAGAGCUGCCGGAGUGUCUGUGCCCGCACUGACUCCAUCAUCUUUGAUCCUGCCGAGAUCGGUCUGGAUCCUCCACCUUUGGGAAUGCUGCCGCCGCCACUUGUCUUUCCUCUGUUUGUGGAUGAAGAAGACACCGACAGCCAGAUUUCUGCUUACUACACUCCAGACACACUGUCCCAUGUGUCACCUGACGAAGUGGUUCUACAACCAAAUUUCCCUAACCUAGACUCUUUUCCGGACUUUGCUGCAGAGCUUCCAGUCAUUCAGAUGCCAGAAGUGAGUGUAAUGGCACCAGAUCAGCCAGGUCCCAGCUGUUCACCACCAACGAAUGUCGUAGCCGUGCACUUGGACUGUGACCCAAACUCGGACAUAGCUGCAUCGGAGGUACCACUGCUGCAGAACUUGUCACAUGAAACUGCAGUGUGAUGCAGUGAAUGCGAAUAGAACAGUACUUAAGUCAAAACAUUAAACACAUUCAGUUUUUGAGACAUUUGCAGCUUGCAUCAGGAACUCUGUUAGUUAAGCUCCGAGAGAUCUGUUGUUAUGGAGCCAUGAAGCCGAAACAGUCAAGCUCCGACAUGCAAACACUACAAUGUCGAACAUGCUGGCAGUGUGUGUGCAGCUUGGUGACUAGGCUUAAAAAGGGUCAGAAAUGCAGAAAUAAAUAGAUUCAAAUGAGAUACAUUUAUGAUCGAAACUUUUGCCUUCAAGGCUGUCACAUGCUUAUGGUUGCCUAGGUUGUGAGGUGCAUUGCAUAUUUUCGUACUGGUGUCUUUGAAAAGCAGUAGCAACAGAAGUGCUUCUACUAGCACACUUUAUGGACAUAUCAACAUAAAGAGCACAUAAACAUAAGAAAAAGAUGGACUAAUCUAUCUUCCGGAAGACACACCUCCCCCCCCCCCCCCCCCCCAAUAAACAGCUGCCACAUUUCAGGUUUUAGACGAGCCAAGUUUCUGUGAUAGACGGUAUGCACCUUUGAUUUCAAAGGAACACAGUAGUGAGCAUCCUCAAUAUUCCAGACUUCAGCAAUGAAACCACCCUUGUCCUCCCUGUAUCGUGAAAAUUAUCGACCACGGCUUAUUUUCAAGCACACUUCGACUAGACGUCGCAGAAGACGAAUGCUAGUACCCAAAAAUGUGGAGACUUCUAUGGUGCGAGAAACUUUUACAGUAAUUAUCACUCACAUGUGUGUUAUGUUAGCAUAUUAUUGUUUGCAACUUUGAAUGGUUGACAAUUUUUUGUCUGAUCUAUUUCUUUCAUAAAAAUAAAACUAUGUACCUGCUUUUUCAAA